UAUAUUCACAGCUGUCACGAUGAGGUCCACGUUAGCGCUGUUCGCCGUGUUGGCCAUUAUUGGCCUGGGGCAAGCUCAUGGAUCACUGAUUCAGGAAUUGCCUGGCGAGGGUCCUCUCCAUGACGAUAUUGUGGACAUUUUAAAAUUAGUCCCAACAAAAAAAAUUACUAAAAUCGCUUUGGAGUAUCUUGCGAAAGAUCCCGAAGUGCAAGCUGCUUUUAGAUACCUCACAACUACGACCAUAAUCAAAGACUUUUUGAUAGAUUUUGAAGCCAUCCCGGAAGUGAUCAAUCUCCUUAAUUAUUUGCAAAGAGAAGGAGUUGAUAUUUAUACCGUAUUAAAUAGCGUUAACAAGAUUUUCGAUAUCGAAGAAAUUGUGCCACCACCUGUCCCUUACGCGUACAUUGCAGUCAUGAAGAAAACUGGUGGACUCAAAGGAUUGUUUAAAGACAUCAUGAAGCAGUUCAAAUAUGACGACUACAUCACUAUCUACGUAAAGAAGAUGAAGACCUCUCCAGCCUUCGUCGGGUUCAUCGACCAGCUCAAGUCCGACAACUUCCAGCAGGUCGUUAACAAGGUUUUCGAAAUCAAGUCCUUCCAGACUAUUCUAAAUGGCCUGAAGAAUAGCGGAGUGAACCUGCGGAUCGUAGCGGACAUUAUGUUCAUUGUUCUCGGUAUCGAUGUACCGAGCCAGCCAAGCUACGGUUUUGAACGUACGCUAGAAGAAGAGUUCUUUGACUUUUGGAAACUCAUUUCGCUAGAAAAGUUUCUUGAAAUAAUAUUGACGUAUUUUGAAGGAGACCAAGAAGUACAGAACGCUAUGCAGUUCAUGUAUACAUCCGAAUUCCACAUCCUGGUACGUGCCGUCGAAGCUCUUAAGGAGCACCAAGCACUCGUAAUGUACAUGCACAAGGCUGGAUUCAAUAUGGCAAAAUAUAUUCAAUCAUUCCAUGAGACUGUUGGCAUGGAAGACUACGUGCCACCCAAAGAGAUAGAGAACAUUUUCAGAUCAGAAAUCGGAGUGCAGAAAGUCGGCGGUGGAAUGAAAGCGAUGCUCGAGGAUCUUUCUACUAUACUACCUUUGGCCGAGAUCAACAAUCUUCACCAGGAGAAACUACGUACUUCCAAAAGCUUUUCUUAUUUUAUCGAGAUGCUGAAGGCCCCGAAAAUGCAGAAAAUCAUUGUUAAGUUGACAAAGCAGGAGGCCUACAAGGAGCUUAACAGAAGAUCUGAAGAGAAAGGAUUGCUGCUCGAGGACCUGACGAAGUUUUUCUUCAGAACAAUUGGCUUCAAUUAAUGUCUGAAACAUUUGCGAUGCGUUAUUUGUAUUGUUACACAUUAAUAGUAAAGUAUAAGUGAUAGUAAAAUAAGAUUUUGAAGCUUUUGCGCUAGUUACUACUAUUAGUUUCGGUUGAAGUUUCCGGGUUAAAGCCGCAUUUUUUUGCAGUUUAGGGUUUAAAUCAAAAUGCCCAAAAACGCGAAUAGAAAUCAGAACUGAUAAUAAAACAUAAGAAUUGAAUCAAAUAAUUAUAAUAAUUAGCUAUUUAUGGCAUAAAAAUAAUGAUUUUGUUACUUUAAUAUAAACCAAUAAUUUUGUUUGCUUGUCAAUACGAAUGAUGAUAUAAAGAAACAAUUUUAGUUUAAGUGCUAGAGGAACAAACAUUUCUUACGUACUAUUGAUUCAUAUGAACUUUAAUACAAGAUUUCAUAUCCACUUGAUAUCUUUUUCCUUUAACUCUCUUUUUGUUCCAUACAUAUUUUCAUUAAACUAGCUUUACUAGUUUACGUUUCUGUCACAUCACAAGUCUUGAUACUGCUUAUGUAUUCAUCGUAAAUGUAUCAUAUUUGUGAUUAAAGUUAUAU